AUGACUUUGUUUUCUGUAGUGGGAGCAUCAAAUUGCUGAAAUCGUUCAACUUGUCUCUGAUGAAAAGAACGCCCGAUCAUACUUGCAGACUGUUGCUAAAGGACUGGUUGAAGAUGUGGAGAGCUUAAGAGCCAGCUCUUCAUCCAUUGGAAAACAAAAAGAAGUUUGGGUUGAAAGGAGGACGCUGAGAAGAGACAAACUUGAGAGAGUUGAGAUGCAGCAGAACUUUGAGAAUGAGCUGAGAGCCAAGCAAAGAGUUGAGGAAGAGCUGACGCACAUAAGAACUCAACUAGCUCACACUGAAAGUGAUGUUGUGCAACUCAAGGCACAGAUUGAGUCACUGCAGAAAGAGAAUGAGAAGCUCAACAAAGAGAAUCAAAAGUAUCGCAUGGGAUUAGGGUCUCGAAAUGACAGUUUUACAACUUCAAUAUUUCACCAUCAAAGCGGGAAUCAACUUGAGACUAGCACUAGAGCCGCACCUCAAAAACCCAAGGUCAUUACUGGGACUGAGAGGGAGGGCACUCAUGAGUUGGUCGUGAGAUCAUUUGAUUCUCCCACCAAAUGUGAUGCAUGUACUAGCGUAAUGUUUGGACUAGUGAGACAAGGAAUGAUGUGCAAAAAUUGCCAGAUGAGUUGUCAUGUUCAAUGUAAAGACAAAGUCCUUGCUACUUGCCCUCUUCCUCCUGGACAAGCUAAAAUGCCUUCAGGUAUUGAUAUUCACCACGGAGUGGGUACCGCUUGUGAGGGUUGGAUUCAAGUCCCUAAACCUGGCGGCGUUAAGAAAGGAUGGACAAGGGCUUAUGCUUUCGUUUGCGACUUCAAAAUAUUCUGCCACGAGCCUUCGAAUGAUGUACACAGUCCUGCGAAUGGGGUAUUCAAUAUAUUUGAUAUAAG